GGAGAUUAUAGAUUACAUUUCUGUAUUCAGAGUUAGAGUAUACUAGAUAGCUUGUUAAUCAUUUGACUCGAGGAUCUGGUCUAAAGGGAUCAAUCGCAAUUGCAAGCUCAUGCUCAUAAAAUGCAACGGAACUCUUAAUUGCCCCCCUGACAUAUGAUAACGGCUCAGGUUGCGAUUGUAACAUUUUCUGUGAAGUGUGUUUUCCACCUUAAGACAGCCAGACUGCUUUAAGCUCCUGGUGUAUUGUUUGCAUGGCGCUCAGCAGCGCACCUUUGUCACUCACGCUGCUCAGAUGUUGAGAUUCGAGUGUAUAAGCAGCCCUCAUGGUCAUACAGAGAAGCAAAACUAGAAGACCCGUUUGUUGUACUGUAACGAUUGUAUGGAGAUGAAAUAGUCCCAGAAGGUCACUAUAACCUGAACUCACUGUAAGUGCAACAGGGGCACUUUCAUUCAGACAGGCAGUCUCUUUAACAGGCGCAGUCUGUUUCAAUAAACCUAGGUGGCUGUUGGAGCAGCAGGGAGUGAUGAUGUGCGGUCCAUGGUGCUCUGAAUGAGAGAGGUGCAUGCUGGAUAAUAAAGGAGAACCCACAUAUCGGCGAGUGAGGGAUCUGAGAAAUUUGGAGGACAGACACGAGGGGGCGGCGGGACACUCCGCCUCAUUAUUUUUAUGGACGCUCCCGGACGGUGCGUAUGUUUGCGCGUUGUCAGCCUUGUAACUUAGGGCUCGUAGGGUCGCCCCGUGAGGAGGAGAAGUUGGUGUUUUGAGCCUCGACAGCUGGUGUCACCGGCAGGCUCAGCUGUAGGACGCUCAACAGUUCAGUGCGCAACUGUAGUAAUUCUGCUGAACCUCCGAGCUCAGAACUGGAUGAACCUGCUUCCGCCACCUGCAACCGAUCUCUGUAUCGUUCUGUGACAGGAGGGGCUCUGCAGACAGCGGUCGCGCCAGGCACCAUGAGGCAGCAAGCUUGGCCUGAGAGAGCGGAGAAUUCACCCUUCAUCACUCUCAACCAGGCUGGGCAGUGGAGGAAAUGCACACAGAGGCAGCAGAAGAACCAGCAGCGCAUGCCACAGCAGACACAGGCGAAUACACACAUCUGAGAGUGCAUUGGAGAGCAAAUGGGGAAGGCAGAAAGAGACUGAAAUAGGGGAAACAGUAACUCAGAUUGCGUCAUCCUAAAUGGCAAAGUGGACUGGGCCAUCCUCAGAGGCAGUGAUGUCCUUGUUAACGCGUUGUCCUUCGUUAGAACCUCCUUGUUAGAAAUCACAAGUCAGUCCCCUGUGAGGCCACAGAGCUGAGGGGCAGAGGAGAGGAAAAACAGAGGACGAGAGAGAGACAGAGUGGGAAAAAAAAGAGACUGUGACAGGCCCCCAUGCAGGCGCGUAAGAAGUAUGUUCUGCUGGGCUUGUGUGCGUGCUGUUGGCUGGUCCUCUUUUACUGGGGUGGAGGAGUCCAGCUACGUCUGCUUCGGCUGCUGACACGCCAGCGGGGUGAAGUGGUGCGCCCCUGGCCCAACUGGACCGACAGGGCCUUCCUGCCCCGCUAUGCCCACCUGGAUGAGCUCCAGACGGACCCCGGGACGGCUGAGUCGCCCCGCCAGCGCCGUCAGGCAUGGUCUGCCAUUUAUAAGGACAGUCGCUGCCGCAUGGAGACCUGUUUUGACUUCUCACGGUGUCGGCGUAGAGGCAGGGAAGGGUUUAGGGUGUAUAUAUAUCCUUCAGAGAAAAAUGAUCACGUGUCUGAAAGCUACAGGAAGAUCCUGACGUCCAUAGCGGAGUCCCGGUACUACACAUCAGACCCCCGUGAAGCAUGCCUGUUCGUGCUCGGGAUAGACACCUUAGAUCGGGACCAGCUAUCAGGACAGUUUGUGCCUAAUGUGGAUGAACGUAUCCGUGGUUACCCACUGUGGAAUGACGGGCGGAAUCACCUGAUCUUCAACCUGUACUCAGGCACCUGGCCUAACUACACAGAGGACCUGGGCUUCAACAUCGGCCAGGCCAUCUUAGCCAAAGCCAGCCUCAACACCGAACAUUUCAGGCCAGGCUUUGACGUCUCCAUCCCGCUGUUUUCAAAGGAUCACCCACAGAAGGGUGGAGAGCGGGGCUGGCUGGUGAGGAACACCAUACCACCACGAAGGAAGUACCUGCUGAUGUUCAAGGGGAAGCGUUAUCUGACUGGCAUCGGCUCAGACACCAGAAACGCUCUUCAUCACAUCCACAACGGAAAGGACAUUGUGUCGUUGACAACGUGCCGCCACGGGAAGGACUGGGAGAAGCACAAAGAUGCCCGCUGUGACCAUGACAACCUGGAAUAUGAGAGGUUUGAUUACCAGGAGCUCCUGCACAACUCCACCUUCUGUUUGGUGCCUCGAGGUCGACGCCUAGGCUCCUUUCGCUUCCUAGAGUCGCUACAGGCGGCGUGUAUCCCAGUGCUCCUAAGUAACGGUUGGGAGCUGCCAUUCUCUGAUGUCAUACAGUGGAACCAGGCAGUCAUUGAGGGAGAUGAGCGAUUACUACUACAGGUGCCAUCCACAGUGAGAGCAGUAGGGAAUGAGAGAGUCCUAGCCCUCAGACAGAGGACCCAGAUGCUGUGGGAAGCCUACUUUUCCUCUGUGGACAAGAUAGUCCUCACCACACUGGAGAUCAUUAAGGACCGCGUGUUUUCUCACAUAUCGAGGAACAAGUACAUGUGGAACUCCCUGCCAGGAGGUCUGCUGGUCCUACCAGAGUACUCCACUCACCUCGCACAUUUCCCUUUCUACUACCUGGGAUUAGGGGUCAGCCCAGGUCAAGAGUUCACUGCUGUCAUCCAUGCUGUUUCCCCAUUGGUCUCCCAGUCUCAGCCAAUCAUGAAGCUGCUUCAGGUGGUCUCCAAGUCAAAAUACUGCUCGCAGAUCAUCAUUCUCUGGAACAGCGAGAAGCCGCCACCCAUUCGGAGCAAAUGGCCUCCCAUGCCCGUCCCCCUCACUGUGACAGACGGCAGGAGGAAGACCACCAGUCGGUUCCUACCUCAUGUUGCCAUAGAGACAGAAGCAGUUCUGAGUCUGGACGAGGAUACAGUCCUGCUGACCAGUGAGGUGAACUUUGCCUUCUUGGUGUGGCGGAGCUUCCCUGAACGGAUCGUGGGCUACCCUCCCAGGAGCCACUUCUGGGAUCCCCUGAAGCACGCCUGGGGCUACACCUCCAAAUGGACCAACGACUACUCCAUCGUCCUGACUGGAGCUGCCUUCUAUCACAGGUACUACCACUACCUGUUCUCCCACUACCUGCCCCAGUCUCUGCGGACUCUGGUGGAUCGCAGCUCCAACUGUGAGGACAUCCUGAUGAACUUCCUGGUCUCUGCUGUAACCCACCUGCCACCAAUCAAAGUGGCUCAAAGGAAGCAGUACAAAGAGUUGCCCAGUCCACAGGGUACAAAAAGUGUCCCCUGGGCCAACCCGGAGCACUUCAGCCAGCGGCAGGAGUGUGUCAACACCUUCGCCAACUGGUUUGGCUACAUGCCUCUGGUCCACUCUCAGUUUCGCCUGGACCCUGUGCUCUUCAAAGAUCAAGUGUCUGUCCUCCGCAAGAAGUACAAAGACCUGGAGAGAGCAUGAAAAUGAUGGACAAAAUGGACAGAAAGGCUGGGAAGCAUGAAGGUCUGGUCUAGUGGCCUUUUUGACAGACAAAUAGACCAUUUAGUGGUGGACAGUCAAGAUGGGACUGUCUGGGAUGUGGAAAAAGUGCCAGUGUGGUCCAUUUGUGACAUGGACAAAGUAUAAUCAUGAGACAGACCCUGGUGGACUGUAUACAUAUAAAUAUAGAGGAAAGGGCCUAUACAAGUUUGAAAGGAGCUUCAAAUUAUUCUCCCACCUCCGUGAGCCUGGUAAGAACACAAAGGAGGACAUUUAGGGGCCUUGAAAGAGUCCCUGUGAUUGGGCCUCCCACUGACAAAGGGCAAUCUCUAUUGGACAGCAAAAAAAGGAGCACUGUGAACACUUCAAAUGUCAGUGCUAUAGCUGUGACAAUGACAAGAAAAUGGCUCAAACUAAUGCCAGAAGGGACUGGUAUUGGUGCCACCAUGCACUCCAUCUGCCAAAUGGUGUCUCAUCGUUACUUGCAGGGACUGUUGCCAUGGAAACAGAUCAAUUCUCAUCAAAAUGCUAACUGUAAAACCAAUAAAAAUGAUUUAUAAAUGCAAAUUCUGGCAUGAUGCUGCACUUACAGUAGUUGUCUUUUUUUCCCCUUUACUUGGCACACACGCUCUAUUCAAAGCAGUCCAGGAGAUUUAUUACUACUAGUGAAUCUUUAAAACAUUUUGUUUUUGCAAAUUGACUAAUUGUUUCAAUUUUACUCUCAACUAAGCAUACUACUACUUAAUAUUUCCACAGUUCAGAAAUUACCAUGAGCCCAGUUCAUAUUGUGUAAACAUAUACAGCUCAGAUAAACUGAGAUAAGCACAUUUUCUCAUCAGGUACACUAAUAACUUGUGCUGUGUACAGUGUGUAGCGUGUAUUAGCGUGCCUUACACAGCUAAAAUCCUGAGAUUUUAUCUUUGUAGCAAUCAAUUUGAUGGAGAAACCCUUUGGGCAGAUUGAGUUGGCUGUAAAAUGAUUCUAAAUACAAUUACAGCAAUCAAAAGUGCUGCUGAAUCA